UGAAUGGGCGGGGGAAGUAUAUAAGGCAAAGCGCGGGCUAGGAAAGCGCUCGAAGGCAAGGAGACGGGAAGCAAGGGUGCUUGUGACCGCUUUGGGAGGGAGACUUGAAGGGGUCUACAGCAAUGGCGUCUAACGAUUAUAGUCAGUCAGCAACACAGAGUUAUGGGGCCUACCCAACUCCACCCACACAGGGUUAUUCUCAGCAGACUAGUCAGCCGUAUGGGCAGCAGAGCUAUGGUGGAUAUGGACAGUCAGCAGAUACUUCAGGAUACAGCCAAAGUAGUUACAGCUCUUCUUAUGGACAGACUCAAAACUCUGGCUAUGGCACUCAGUCCACACCACAGGCCUAUGGCUCAUCAGCAGGAUAUGGCAGCAGCCAAACUUCUCAGACAUCCUAUGGACAGCAGUCAUCAUAUCCCAGCUACUCCCAGCAGCCAGCCAGUUCCACUACUGGAAGUUAUGGCACCAGCUCUCAAACCUCCAGCUAUGGGCAACCCCAGAGUGGAGGUUAUGGCCAGCAAUCAAGCUAUGGCAGCCAGCAGCAGAGCUCCUAUGGGCAGCAGCCUUCCUACAACCCACCUCAGAGCUAUGGCCAGCAAAGUCAGUAUGGCAGUGGCAGUAGCAGUGGAGGAGGCAGCGGUAGUGGAUCUGGUGGCUAUGGCCAGGAUCAGUCCUCUAUGAGUGGAAGUGGUAGUGGAGGAGGCUAUGGCAGUCAGGAUCAAGGUGGAUAUGGGGGUCAGCCAGACCGCAACCGCGGUAGAGGCAGUGGAGGAGGCGGUGGCGGUGGAUAUGGUAGAGGAGGCUUCGACCGGAGUGGUGGUAGAGGCGGCAACAGAGGUGGCCGUGGAGGCAUGGGCGGUGGUGAGCGAGGUGGUGGCUUCAAUAAAUUUGGUGGACCCCGGGACCAAGGAUCACGCCAUGAUUCUGCUGAACAAGAUAAUUCUGACAACAACACCAUCUUUGUUCAAGGACUUGGUGAAAAUGUAACUAUUGAGUCAGUAGCAGACUACUUCAAGCAGAUUGGAAUAAUCAAGACAAACAAGAAAACUGGACAGCCCAUGAUUAAUCUAUACACAGACCGUGAAACGGGAAAAUUGAAAGGCGAGGCUACUGUGUCUUUUGAUGACCCUCCAUCUGCAAAGGCUGCAAUUGAUUGGUUUGAUGGUAAAGAGUUCUCAGGCAACCCCAUCAAAGUUUCAUUUGCUACGCGGAGGGCAGAUUUCAACCGAGGUGGUGGCAAUGGCCGUGGAGGAAGAGGCCGUGGUGGUAGAGGAGGACCCAUGGGCCGUGGGGGAUUUGGUGGUGGUGGUGGCGGCGGUGGCAGCAACAGUGGCUCUGGCGGAGGCAGCAGGGGAGGCUUCCCCAGUGGGGGAGGUGGCCAGCAACGUGCAGGAGACUGGAAGUGCCCCAACCCAACAUGUGAAAACAUGAAUUUCUCAUGGCGUAAUGAAUGCAAUCAGUGUAAAGCCCCCAAACCAGAUGGCCCUGGAGGAGGGGGACCACACAUGGGAGGUGGAUUUGGUGAAGAACGACGUGGAGGCCGGGGAGGCUUUGACCGAGGUGGAUUCCGGGGAGGGAGAGGGGGUGACCGAGGUGGCUUCCGAGGCGGAAGAGGUGGAGAUCGGGGCAACUUCGGACCAGGAAAAAUGGAUUCCCGAGGCGACCACAGACAGGACCGCCGUGAGAGACCCUAUUGAGCCUGUACAGGAUCCCAGACCAUGUGAAUUUAUAAACUUUUUUUUAUUUUGUAUGAUCUCUGGCUAUGUUGCAAAUUGUGUGUCCUUUGUUGGUUUGUGUACAAACUUUGUAUUCCCUUCUAUUAAUUUUUGUUGACUGUACCUUGAAAUCUGAUACAGUUAAAAACAAAAAAAGUUUUAGUCAUGUAUGUAUGAACGGCGGGGUGGGAUAGGAGGCUUGAAUAAUAAAGAUAUUUCAGUUAAUUCUGAGAA